AGGACGAAGUGUCCUGACACAGGGACCGAAGGCGCCGCGAAGAUGGGCCGCCACUUCGGGAACCUGAUCCAGGUGAGGCACAUCAUUUCCUACAGCCUGUCCGCGUUCGAGCAGAAAGCCUUCCCCAGCUACUUCACCAAGGGCAUCCCGAAUGUGUUACGCAGGACGCAGGACUCCAUUCUGCGGGUCGCCCCCCCAUUUAUAGGCUUUUACUUCCUCUAUACCUGGGGAACCCAGGAAUUUGAGAAGUCAAAGAGGAAGAAGCCAACCGACUUUGAAGAAGAAAAAUAAGCUAUUCAGAGGGAAAUGCAACAAUAUUGGUUACCUGGUGGUCAGCUCUGUGAUAUAGAAGAAGAGUGUAUAAAGAUAGUUUAAAGAUGUAAUAAAUUUCACAUUUCACAAAAAAAAAAAACAAA